AAAAAUAAUGGAAGGGUGAAGAAGGGAAUGGGCUCUACGGAAAGGAAACACUAGAUAUUAGAGACUAGUUUCUCUCUCCUCCGUUUGUCGAUUAGCAGUCUAGGGAUGGAUUCUGAUUCAUAAACGGAAAGCCUUAAGAAUUCCAAACCGGUAUACAAUAAGGGUACUCUGAUUCCGGGGUUUGUGUAUACUAGCAGUCUAGGGAUGGAUUCUGAUUCAGAAACGGGAAGCGAUAAGACUUCGAUUAGCAGUUUAGGGAUGGAUUCUGAUUCAGAAACGGGGAGCGAUAAGACUUCCAAACCGUUAUACAAUAAGAGUACUCUGAUUCCGCGGUGUGUGUCGACUAGCUGUCUAGGGAUGGAUUCUGAUUCAGAAACGGGAAGCGACAAGGCUUCCAAACCGGUAUGCAAUAAGGGUACUCUGAUUCCGCGGCGGAGAGGGUCGUUGCGAAGGGAGUUGUUGCGAAGGAUAAUAAUUGACGGUCGAUCAAUCCUUUCUGGUAAAUCUCGAUCCGUGAAAUCCAUGACAAGUAAUUUGAAUAUGGAGAUGAGACGCUCCUUUUAUGCCCAUGCCGAUUGCAAGCUCAAACGGUUAGCCGUAACGGAUGAUAGCAGUUUGCGGAGGGCUGAAAAUCUGAUCAAAUUCCUGCGAUUUGAAAAUUGGGAAGAUUUUGAGAGUCUUCCGGAACAUAUCCGGAAGGCAAUUCUAUUCUGCUCACUGUUUCCUCUUGAUUAUGAAUUUGAUAUGGAUACAAUGGUUCUGUUAUGGAUUGCACAGGGAUUAUUUCAGCCUGAAGAACUGGUGCGAGUGGAGGAUGUUGGCCGAGUGUGCUUUAAGAUGUUGCUGAAUAAUAAAUUCAUACUGCUGUCAGGAUUUGAUAGCCGUGUUGGACAAGAGAUGUACAAGGUGAACAAUGCCAUGACUUACUUUUCCUACCUAGAAGAAGCAUUGGCGGGUGCUUACAUGAAAGUGGAGGAGGAAGGUAAGCUGAGCGACAUUUCUAAAGAGACAUUACACUUAUCUUUGCGUUCUAACAACUUCGAUUUUGCAAUUUUUGAUGUUCUCAAAAACUGUAAGCAGUUGUGCACACUCAUUCUGCUUUCUGGAUAUGGUUCUUCCAUUAACCAAGUUCCUUUUGAUCUUUUCCUUAUUCUGAAACAAUUAAGAACUUUAGAUCUGAGUCGAACCCACAUAUCAGAACUACCAAAUUCUGUUGGGAAUCUUUUAGAACUACGAUAUCUUGACCUCUCUGAGACACCAAUUGCGGACUUGCCUACAACGAUAGAUUGCUUGAACUGCUUACAAACACUGAGACUCCGAGGUUGUUUGUGUCUUAUUGGAUUACCAAAAGGCAUGAAGAAGUUGACUAACCUACGCCAUCUGGAUCUUGACAUUGUACGCCAAUGCAAGUCAAUGCCCCCAGGAAUGGGUAAUUUAACGAACCUUCAAACUUUGCGAGCGUUCCUUGUUGGUAGAGAUGAUGGAUGUCGAAUUGGGGAGCUCAAGAAUAUGAACAACCUUAGUGGAUCGUUUUGUAUUUUAGGGCUUCAAAAUGUUUUGAAUUCAGAGGAGGCUAGAGCAGCUGCCUUGAACAAUAAGCAGUACCUAAAGAAGUUGGAGCUACGUUGGGGUGAUCAUCAGAAUGAUCAAACUCAGGCUGAAGAGGAAAUCUUAGAAUGUCUUCAACCCCACUUUGGCCUCAAAGAGUUACAAAUAUUAUUCUACAAUGGUUCAAGGCUUCCAAGGUGGAUCAGUAACCCAUCAUUUGCUGACAUCAUUGACAUUACUCUCUAUGGGUGCAUUAAUUGUUAUCUUCUGCCAUCGAUUGGUGCACUACCAUCACUCAAAUUUCUGAAAUUGAUUGAAAUGAAUGGAGUGAAGGAUAUUAGUUCCACGUUCUGCAGAAUUGAGAGGAAUCAAGGUUACCAUGCAUUUCCAAAGUUAGAGAAAUUAACAAUUGAUGUCAUGCUUAACCUAGAAGAAUGGACAGGAGUUGAAAAUGGUGACUUUCCAUGCCUUCUUGAAUUCAGAAUAUCAUACUGCCCAAAACUUUCUGCUCUUCCACUGUUAUCGCAUCUCACCUCUCUUAAACAUUUGCAAAUAAGUCACUGUGGGGAACUCCAAGCUUUGCCUGAUGAAGGGAUGCCAGCUUCACUUGAAUUUCUAAUAUUAAGAGAUUGCCCUAAGAUAAAAGAACGCUGCCGCAAGUGUGAAGGUCAAGAUUGGCUCAAGAUAGCCCAUGUGCCUAGCAUAUGGAUUGAUCAUCAAGAGAUCUCUUCAAAUCAAGGGUGUGAUUCAGGGUUUUGACUGCCAAAAAGGUUGGGGCUGAAGUGGCAGCAAAGAAACCACCAUUGUAUCCAAAGAGCCAAAGCUGUGCAAACACACCAAAUUAUGCAGCCAUUUCUUCAUGACACUUUUUAACCUUUUCUGUUGUGCUUAUUUA